UCUACCACCUGGAUUAACAAUAUUGUGCCAGUUGUGCAUAAAAAUGAUGAACAUGGAAACGGACGAGAUUAUCGAAGACACAAACACGAAUCUUCAGUAUCCCAUAACAAUACUUUAUGAUCCUACCCGCAAGAAAGAACUACCUUCAGGAAUAUCUGCACAAUAUGGACAAGAAAGGGAAAUGUGUAUGAAAUUAUUUGAAAAAUGGAGUGAACCAGAACAAGUUAAUUUUGUUGAGCAGUUAUUAGCUAGAAUGUGUCAUUACCAGCAUGGACACAUUAAUGCCUAUCUAAAGCCUAUGUUGCAAAGGGAUUUUAUUUCUUUAUUACCAAAAAAGGGAUUGGAUCAUGUGGCAGAAAGUAUCCUUUCCUAUCUUGAUGCAGACUCGUUAAUUGCUGCAGAAUUAGUAUGUAAAGAAUGGCAUAGAGUAAUCAGCGAAGGAAUGCUUUGGAAAAAAUUAAUUGAACGUAAAGUUCGGACCGAUUCAGUUUGGAGAGGUCUUGCUGAAAGAAGAGGAUGGAUUCAGUAUUUAUUUAAACCAAGACCAGGAGAGAGCCAUCCAAAUCACAAUUUUUAUAGAUCUCUUUACCCUAAAAUAGUUAAAGAUAUCGAUAGUAUAGAUAAUAAUUGGAAAAUGGGAAGAUUUAAUCUCCAAAGAAUAAACUGUAGAAGUGAAAAUUCAAAAGGUGUCUACUGUUUGCAAUAUGACGAUCAAAAAAUAGUUUCUGGUCUUAGAGAUAAUACAAUUAAAAUUUGGGACAGAAGUACACUACAAUGUAUUAAAGUCUUAACAGGACAUACUGGUUCUGUCUUAUGUUUACAAUAUGAUGAUAAAGCAAUAAUAUCUGGUUCCUCUGAUAGCACUGUAAGAGUUUGGGAUGCUAACACUGGAGAAAUGGUUAACACAUUGAUACAUCACUGUGAAGCAGUUUUACAUCUUAGAUUUAGCAAUGGCAUGAUGGUCACUUGUUCAAAGGAUCGUUCAAUUGCGGUAUGGGACAUGACAUCGCAAACGGAAAUUGCAUUAAGAAGAGUAUUAGUGGGACAUAGGGCAGCAGUGAAUGUUGUUGAUUUUGAUGAAAAAUAUAUAGUUUCUGCUAGUGGUGAUAGGACUAUCAAAGUAUGGAAUACAUCUACUUGCGAAUUUGUGCGAACAUUAAAUGGACAUAAACGGGGUAUAGCGUGUUUACAAUAUAGGGACUGCUUAGUAGUUAGUGGUAGCAGUGAUAACACAAUCAGAUUGUGGGAUAUUGAAUGUGGUGCGUGCUUGCGUGUCUUAGAAGGACACGAAGAGUUGGUUAGAUGUAUUAGAUUUGAUAGCAAGCACAUAGUCAGUGGAGCUUAUGAUGGAAAAAUUAAAGUAUGGGAUUUAGUAGCAGCAUUAGAUCCACGUGCUUUAGCUAAUUCACUUUGUCUACGUACAUUAGUGGAACACACGGGGCGUGUAUUUCGUCUUCAGUUUGAUGAAUUCCAGAUAGUAUCAUCAUCGCACGAUGAUACCAUAUUAAUUUGGGAUUUUUUAAAUUUUAAUCCAUCCAAUGGAUCCGUGUCUUGUGGGCCUGCAGCAAUAAAUGCAUCAGGUGUGAAUCAAUCUGACACUAGAUCUCCAUCUCCAUUUGAGUGACGCAUCUAUAUGAAUAUUCCUUCAUUGUGAUAUAAUUACAAGUGGUUAGUGAGUGAGUUCAAUGUGUUCACGAUAGUGUACGCAGAGAAUGAAGAAUCAGUGUCCAGUGUGAACAGCGCCUAGAAAAAGACAGAAUCUCAAACACUGUCAUUGAUUUUCGUUUAUUAUUUGCUGUGAAAAGCAAAAUUAAUUCCCUAAAAUAGGAUACAUGGAGUGACACAUAAAACUAUGAAUUAAUUUAUACGUGCUUGACGCACUGCGUUUAGUAACGAACAGUAUAUUAAAACCACAUAAAUACAUCCCAUGGAUGUAAAUAAUUGUUUGCUUUGGCCAUAUCUGGAAUUCUUCUACGCUCUAUGACAUGAUAGAAGUUGACCAUUUUCCUAUUACUAUGAAAAAAGACUUACAAUACGUAAAGAAAAUAAAAACGUUUUUAGGGAGGCUGGAUACACUUAAUAAGAUGCUAGCUGUAUUAUAGUAAAUUAAUAAUUUUUCUUUUUAAAUGUAAUUAAUUUAUAGUAAGAAGAUUGUAAAAUGUUUGAUUGGAGUACUUAUUCUGUAUGAAUGUGGUAUAUAAGGUCUUGAUAUGUAGGAGGAUUAUGAUAAUUAUCAAGUUUCAUUACCUUCUAAAUCUAGCUAAUGUGAAUUGCUAUAUCCAUAUUUAGUGUUAUAGAUGUACAGCCAUUAUUCAAAAACAUAUAAGUUUCCAUGAACAUUAAUUUUAUGAAGAUCACGUUAUACAUUGAAAAGUAAAUGGAAAUAAUCUUUGCACAGCCAUUAAUACAAUACCAUUUGCAUUUAAAAUAUAAAUUUUCAUUAUAUGAAAAUGUAAAUAUUAAUUUAUAAAAAGAAGCAAUACAGUGACUCUGAAGUAAUUUUAGCUACUGUAAAAGAAUUAAAAUUAUUAUGUUUUGACUAAUGAUCUCAAAUUGAUCAUAUUUUUUCAAUUUUUGUUUAAACUACAUUAAUCACGUUCUUUCUUCAAAAAAUAAACUGUAAAUGUGUUUUGAGCAAUAUUAUAUGCGUUUAUAAUUGUCACUUUUUGAAUUUUUUGAACAUUUAAAAUAUUCUUUUUUAUUUGUAUAGUUACUACCAAUAAACCAUUAAUUUUUUUUUUAGCCGUAUAUUAAACAGCAGAACAAAGAUAUAAUAAGUAAUUAAAUGAUUAUAAAAGUUAUAUACACGUGCGUCCAGGCACACACACAUGCACGUAUUCAAAAUAAUUCAAAUGUUUCGGUCUUAUUAAAAAAUUCGAAACAAAGCUUAGGGGUAUAUAGAUUUCAAUAUUAAUUUCAAUACAUGUAUUUUAAAUUUUAUACAACAUAAAUUUUGCAUGAAAAUUAAACUGUGAAUACAUGCUAAAACAAAAGGGAAAAAAAAUUAACUAUUACUGAUAAAAUGUGUGAAGUCACUUCACUUUUGCAUUAUAUAAGUAACAAAUAGUAUUAAGUAGAUAUUGUACAUUAUCCUCCAAUUAUAACAAUUUUUACAUUAAAAGUAAAGGAAUUAUGAAACAUUAAAAAUCGUGAACUGCAUGUAGUCAAAUUGGGUACAAAGAAUUGUGAUUUUUAAGCUAGAAUGAUGGCAUGAAAAUUUUCUAUAACUUUAUGGUAUGUAUAUAUGGGACUCCAGUGCAAACAAUACUUUUGUAGUAUGCAGCAUGUUCUGGAUAUAAAAUACUUCAAUGAACAAAAUAGCAUAAUAGCAAUUGUGGCAAGUCUCAGCAUACCCUUUGUAAGCACACACUUUAUUACAUUAUAGCUAUCUAAAUACGUAUAUAUAUAUAUAUAUAUACACCCACACAUAGGUAGUGAAUUAUGUAGUGCUGUUUCUUAAAUUCUACAUUCGAAUGUAAAAAGAAAUAUAUAUAUGUAUACGUAUAUGUAUAUAUUUUUUAUUUAGAUUGGGGUCUUAAAACAUUUAAAUCAAUAAAUACAUAAGAACAUCAUGUUUUCAUUAUGCAAUAUUCUUUAAUUGAAAUCAAUCAAGUCAUAUAUUUAUCAAUAUAAAAAGAGUAUGUUAUAUAAACAUUAUAAAAGACCUAUUUAAUACAAAAUGAUUAAUUCAAUCCCAAAAGUUUUGUGAUGAGCGACGUGUCUUGAUCGUAACUUAAUUUCGAUUAUAAGUUAAAUGUUAUGCUUGACAGAAAUAAUAGUAUAACAGAAAUAUUUUUAAGAAAAUAUUGUGAUGUUUAUUGUUAAUAUUAGCAUGGAAUUUCAUGUAUGAAAUUAAUUACGUAAAAAUAAUAUGAAGGCUGUGGAAAAGCUAUAUUCGAAAUACAAUACGUAUACAA